UCAAUCAAUGGCGCCACCUCCAGGACUUUACUCCGGUACCAGCACUCUUGCUCUGGUGGCUCGUGCUUCGGCUUUCGGGUUGGGUCUCAUCUACGGGAACGUGAAGCUCAAGGCUUUGAAGAUAAAGAAGAACUCACAGAUUAAGGCGGAAGCUAAGGCUGCUGCUCAUCACUAAACCAACUCUUCUCUCCCUUCACAAUAAGAAGAUCAAAAAGCAAGUGAUUUGUUAUCAUUUCCAAAUGUAGUAGCUGUUUCAUCUUAUGCUAUAUAUCUCUCCCUCUUUUGACGAUUUUUUUCGCUUUUUGAUUUUUCUGUUUUUGACUAAGAAGAGGAAAACCUUUUAUCUGAGAAAGCAAAUCAUAUACCACCAUUUUGGUUUAAACCCGCUGUCCUCUUUUUGUUGCUUUUCUAUUCAAUAAACACCAAUCUUUUUAUCA